UUUUUUCACUGGCAACAUUUUCGAGUCAGGGACCUUGAUUUGUUGUAGCGGCAUCCCCGACCGUUAGUUUGCGCAGGUGGCGCUCCUAGACGCACGUAUGCGUUGCGCUGCGAGCCAUAAAGGGCAUUGACAGAGUCAAAUUAACAUUUAUUUUACAAAUAUUAAUUAAAAACCAUGAAACAAACUUAAACAAAUACAGUGUGCCUGUGAAUUAACAAGGAGUCAAGUGUUCAAGUUCGAAAUUAAUAAAAAUUAAAAGAGUUAUACAAAAAUCGAUUUUAAAAAGCGACUUUUCUUUAUUUUCUGGUCGGUUUUCUCGUUGUAAACCGUCUUCGAGGUAUCGUGGGUGUUGUAAGUUUUGCAACAAGUGCAGUUGGCUAGUGUCGUGAACAGGUUUUCGGGGACCGUUGGGUUUUUUGUUGUUUAUGUACAUUUAGGUGUGUUGUUUUGCGAGUUGCGAGUGUGUGCGGUGAGCGGGCGCCCGGCGAUGCUGCAAUCCCGUGCAAGAGGCUCAGGCUAACCUGUCAUCUUUGCAUGAUAUCAGACUCGGCGGUGGCAUUCGGGCUGGUUUGCCGAAUGAUGUGUGGAUCGAGGCACCCGACAUGGCUGCGCUCUCCUGCUACCAGCCGUGCCGGUCGCACCUCGCGCAGCCCGCUAGGUGCCUAGACGAAGAGGAGGAGCGUUUGGCGUCGGCGACCCUCUCCCUGCGGCGUCGGCAGUUCGUGGAGAGAUGCCGCGAGCCGCGCCCGCGUCCCGCCAUACCUGAAGUCUCCGUCAAGCGGACGCGCGAAGAGCUAGCGAAGCAUGCGGCACAAAACUCGGUGAACCGCCGGCUCAAUGUGGAGUCGGGCUGGUCCAAGGUCGAGGAAGUGAGGAAGAAGUUCGAGAGGGCAGCGGCUGAACCCUCGUACUCCAGGUCCUUCGAGUCGCCGCCCAGACGGCGCUUAGCGGAUUCCUUGUUCGCGAGCUUCAAGCUACCCCGCAAGAAGGACGCCAUGCUGACGCCGCGCGCCCCCGCGCAGCAGAAGCGCAAGAGCGCCGUCGAGAUGUUGGCUGAAUCUAAGGCGUUCUACGUCAAGUCUGAAACGGUUCUAGAUAGAAAACAGGAGUUGCCUCUUAGGGUAAGCAGCGGUUUGGGUCAAGCUAUCGCCGCCGGCGGCUGCCAUCUGGUCAGCUCCAGUACGCUCAACAACGACUGCUGCAAUCCCUACGCCACGACCGGCCGCGCUACAAGUACGCGGCGAGCCGUGAGCGCGGGGGAAGGGCUCCAGAGUACACUACGAAGGCUGCUGGGACAUGCUGACAGUAGGGAGACUAUGUAUCCUCCGCAUUAUACACCGCACAAAAUCUACGCAGAACCCAGACGCCUAAAAGACUACCCGGGAGACAGGCCCCCUGGGACCCUGUCGGGCACCUCCUCGUCCGGGUCCGGGUCCAAACCCAACGACAAGAGACCCCUCAGCUUCGACGCGAGGGUGUUCUUCCCCGAAUCGUUCGUUAUACCGCGGCAGCAGGUGCGCGUUAAGAGCACCUACUCUAUACCAAGUUCCGCGUCCAGCCCUGAGAACAUCGAGUUACCUGAGCCCAUGUUAAGCGCCGAAGGUUCACCAGCAGCCGAACCCAUUGACGCCAUAAGUCCCCCGGCGCAGUACGCCCAUUCUGCUCCUAGAUACAUCAGGUCGAAUUCGCACUCUCAACCGAGCAUGCGUGAAGAAGAUGGAUGCACGAAUAUCAACAGUCAUAAGUCAUUGCCGGACCUCCAUACGCAAGCGAGGGGCUACCACGAACAUGCGGUAAGCGGCACGGACACCAUCGGCCGCUCGCCGCGCCGGCGCCGCCAUUCCACGCACCAGCGGACUGCGUCCUGCUCUUCCAAAGGCACGAGGUCUAACCAUUCUUCGCUAAUGUCGAGCGAGGCAUUUUCGGAGCACCCCUCGCCCGGUGAAGAAAACUAUCAGUCUUACAAUAGCCGCUGCGGCUCGUCGUUCGCGCGCGACUCGGGCGGCUCGUCGGGACACUACACGCAGCACAGCGCGCCGCCCGCGCCGCGCCCCGCGCCGCGCGACCCCAGGGACUCCGGCUGCUCCACCACCGAUCGCUACGGCGGUUACUACGGCUCCUGGGCGGGACUAGAAGAGUGCUACGUGUCCGCGCCGCCGCAGUUCCAAGACGGCGCGCCGUCGCCGCCGCACGCGCCGCCGCCGCCGCUUUAUCCUCCUCGGGUGGGCAUACACUUCCAGGCGAGCGCGCCACCCCCUCAGUUCCAAGACGAACCUCCUUUAUACGACUACAACGACUACGACUGCGCCACUUACAAACCGCCCGCCAAGUGCCACGGACGGAAGGAAUACGCCUCUAGAGAACGAGACUACAACAGGUACCACGAGAGCGGCGCAGAACCUAUCAACAAGCAACCGCAGUACGCUGAGCGACGCGCGCGCCUCGACGACUCACAGGAAUAUGUUAAUACCAGCCAGAUGUGUCCGGCCGAGGAAGUAACAUCUCCGCUGGGAACGUUCAAACGUCAGCGCUGUUUGCGGUACAAGCAGCGGCGCCCGAGACCCAUACUACGGUCCAAAUCCGACAUCUCGGACAGGUACCGGCGCAGCGACGGGCGCAGCCCCGCCUCGGCGCCGUGCGAGGACGACUCGCCCGACAGCCCCUCUGAAGGCUCCGCGCUGCAACAGUUCUUCGAGAGGCUUGGCUUGGAGCCCCGACAAUAUGACGCGCUGUUACGAGACGCUCUGCCUGACAGUCCCGUGUUCUUCUCGUCUGCGUCUACUGUGGAUUCUAACCAGCUAGCGAAUGCUGCUGACUAUACGGUCCAAGGCCCCGGCGUCCAAAAGCCGAUCUACCGCAACACCGAACCGCCAAGUGUGGUGGAACGGAACGCGCGCAUCAUCAAAUGGUUGUGUCAGUGCCGCAAGACGCAGAUGCAGACGCCGCAGUGAACACGCGGCUUUAACGCAGUGAGGACGUAGCUUAACAAAUAUAACGCAGUGUGGACACAUCUUAAACGCAGUGAAGACGUAGCUUAACAAAUAUAGUCUGGCAAACCAAUUCGUCAGUAGAAUAAAACUGUAUGAGAAGCAUUCCAUGAUGUUAUCUACCGUUUUCAGGGGACAGGAGUUUCUUUGUCUGUGACAAAUGGUCAUAAAUAGCCCAAAAAAUGUGUUAUUUUCAACCUAAAGGGUACUUAUUGUCAGUUGUCAAUAAGGCGCUGUUUCCAUACAGCUUAAAUUUGAAAUCGACCUUAUCGACAACCGACAAUGUGGUAACUUGGUUGAAAUCUCACUAAAAUUCAUCGGCAGCCCGUGGUAUGAGACUUAUAAGACGUUGACCCUUGUUAUAUUUUUCAAAUUUACCGCCUUUGACCAUAUUGGUUUGCCGGACUAUUAAACACAGAUGCAGUCGCAGUGUAAACACGGCAUAACGGCAGUUAGCGCGGCAGUGGCGACAUAACACAGACGUCGCAGUGGAGAUGGAGACACAGCUUAACAAUAAUUAAAUGCAGUCACAAUGAGGACCUAGUUUAAUGUAUAAAUCUUAACAGUGGCAGUGAUAGCAUAUAGCUUAAUAAUAAUAUUACGUCAGUGGUAUAUCACUCAAAUGUUCGGACGUGCUCAAUAUUAGCCUUAUGGCCCGUUGGCUCUUAAAGUGUUAAAGCUGUUACAGAUGGGCGUGCCAAACAGCGAACUUGGUCCGGUCCGGUCAGCAUAUCUCUUUGUUGCUCUCACUUAGGGCCAGAUGCACCAACCAAAGUUAACAUACUGAUCAACGUCACGCAGCAGAGUUCUAUGAAACUUCCCAUGCAAUAAAAUUUAGCGAACAUUUUUACGGUGACAGCGGUUUGGUGCAACCGACCCUUAUAUAAUCUGAAACUAUUUCCAUUACCACUUAAAAAAUGUAGGCGCGAAGGGUAAUGGUCUCAUAGAAAAUUUGAAUUUCGUGCCUUUUUCUACUGACAAAGUCGUUUAACCGGCUAUAGCUGUGUCCUUAACGGACGUACGGCGGACCUUCCACACGAUCGAACAUGCCUCGGGCCGGACCAAGGUCGCAGUCCAGUACGCCCGUCUGUUAUAGCUUUUAAACUCAGCAUGUAGCGAUAACUGGCCGUAGAGGCUUGAUCAAUAUGUGAAUCUAAAUGAAAUUAGUUAUAAGCACAGUGUGCAGAGUGAUAUAUUAAAAUAUACAGAGAGUAGUCAGUAAUAACAACGACUGAUUCUCAUUUAAAUUAAACAACUGUAUUCAUUAUUGAGACGAUAAAAAUAACGUCUGAAUAGUGUAAGAGUCAUUUGUUGAAAUAGUUGAAUUACUAAAAUGUCUCGAAAUUUCGAAUUUUAGUAAGUUAAUGUAAGAAAUCGAACCUAAGAUAGAUAGAUCAUAAUAAAUGUCGGUAUAAUGGUGUGAUUUCAGUUUUGAUGUGGUUUACUACCGAAGUGACAAAAUGGAUGAAACAUACGACUUUUUAAACAUUAGAUUGCGUGGAAAACAUCGUGACGAAACCGGACUAAUCCCAAUAAGGCCUAGUUUCCCCUCUGGGUUAGAAGGUCAGAUGGUAGUCGCUUUCGUAAAAACUAGUACCUACGCCAAUUCUCGGGAUUAGUUGCCAAGCGGACCCCAGGCCCCCAUGAGCCGUGGCAAAAUGCCGGGACAACGCAGGGAAGGUGAUGAUGAAACAUUAGAUUGGGCUUGGUGGUUGGAAUGCUCGGAGCACCACAAGGGUUGUCAUUCGCUGUAAGGAAAGAACGCUUACCACGAGUUAUUUAUACAUCGACCCGCCUGUUGCUAUCACUACCGCACACUAUCGUAAUUAUAUUGCUGUACCUUACCCUUCGAGCAACACCGGCUUCCGACACAUCGGAAGGGAGGGGCCCAAGCGAUAUCUCACCGUACAAAUCUUUCUGCCAUUUUUCGCGGGGGGAAAGGUGCACACAGUCGCACUUCUCACACACUUACAUACAAAAUCCAAUCUGUAAUGACGACACAAAUACAUAGAAAAUGACACACGUCAAAGACAAAUCUUGCAAACCUCGAUCUCUUUUUGUGUACGGACGAGUGACAAGUGUCACAACACGCACACUAACACAUUUUCGUUGAAGUAUGUUAUUGUAUUCUGAGAGAUGAGAAGUCGGAUUUGUCGCUCGACCGAUCCGCAAUUUGUACUGAGCGAGCAAAAUGGAUAAAUCCAACAAUUACAUGAGACUAAAAUAUAAUAAUUGUGUUUGAAUGUAAUUAAACGUAUGAUAUGUAAAAAAAAAAUAUUACAUGUGAAAUAUAACACUUUCUUUUUGUAAAUUUGAUGUCCCCGACCUCUUUUUAUAACAAAAAACCGAGCAAACAGGCAUUUUUGUGCAGCAGUGUUCACGCGCGCGUUUGGACUCGGUCUAGUGAAAAAUCCAAGUGCAACUAGUUUUAUUACCCGCGCUAGAUUAGAUUGACGCGCUAAUCUUGUACCUCGGCAAAGGGGAAAUAGUGCGAAUGCCGCCUCCCUUCCGUGUUGCUCAAAGACCUUACCGUAUCUACCAUGCUGUCACUUCGUAAGAACUAUUAUAUAAUCUGUGCUGUCACCUCGGAAGUAACUGGACUUUCUUAAUAAUACCUGAAGUCUUCACUAAUAUUACAAAUGUAUUCUUCUUUCAUUUUCAAUGCCGAAAUGACUAGUUAUCAAACUGUAUAAAAACUACAAUUUGAAUAAAUAAUCAUACCGAACUCCGUGUGGAUCAAAAACAAAUUAUCAACAACUACAAAAGUUUGAAAUUCACGGACGUGUCUUUUGCGAGUUGAAUGUAAGAAGUGUAAGAAAUUCGCUUUGCUUCGCUAAGUAUAACAAUAAAUCAGUCCUGUUGUUAAUAGGG